CUGAUCAAGUAUCUGACUGGAGCGAUACUUGGAGCCGACAUGCACACACGUGGAUAAUGGACGUCAGCAAAACAGGACUCUAACAACAGCUUGACACACAGCCGUCUGCAUCUUCCAGAAUCACCGGAGUGGAGAUGAAGGGGAAAGAGAGGCAGCAGCAGCAGCAGCAGCAGCGAGAGCUCGUGGUCUCAAAGAAGAAGAAGAAGAGUAUGGCAGCGAGCAGCAGUGACGAUGAAGAUUCUGAUGUGGAGAGGAACUUCGCUCUGCUCACUGAAAGAGGAGGAGGAGCUGAGGAGGCGUACCAUGGCGAAGAGGAAGAGGAGGAAUUCAGUGAUGAUGAUGAAGAAAAAGAAGAAAAAGAGGAAGACGAGGAGGGAGCAGAUGUUGGUGAGGAAGAGUCUGAUGGUGGUGAAGAGGAAGAUGGAGACAGUGGAGCAUCUGAGAAGGAGGAUGAUGACGAUGAUGAUGAUGAUGAUGAUGAUGAAGACCCAGAUGAUGCUGGUGGCAGCAGUGAGAUCCAGACCAGAGACGACAUUAAAAAAGAACUCUCCAACAUGUCGUUUGAGGACAUCAUGAAGCUGCAGAACAAAGUGGGAACCAAAGUUUACAACGAGGUGGCGUACGGCAGCGACAAGAGUCAAAGGACGGGCAAAAAGAAACGCCUCAACAAGAACAGGCCGAUGGAGAUUUCAGCCAAGAAACCAGCUCCGUUCCUCCGUCAGGUCGUCUCCGUCAGGAAACCGACGCUGAGAGACCCUCGAUUUGACGACCUGUCUGGAGAAUACAAACCUGAGAUUUUUGAGAAGACAUAUAAAUUCAUCAAUGACAUCAGACACAGAGAGAAAGAGAUCGUCCUGAAGCAGCUGAAGAAGACGAAGAAGAACAACCAGAGGAAGGAGAAACUGCAGUUCCUUCUGAAGAGGAUGGAGAACCAGGAGCGAGCCAGGCAGAGCCGAGAGCAGCAGCGAGACAGAGAGCUGCAGUUCAAGAGGCAGCAGAGAGAACGAGCCAAUCAGGGGGCCCGACCGUUCUUCCUCAAAAACUCCGAGAAGAAGAAGCUGCUGCUGGCUGAAAAAUACCAGGAGCUGAAGAAGAGCGGCAAACUGGAGAACUUCCUGAGCAAGAAGAGGAAGAGGAACGCCGGGAAGGACCGCAGGAAGCUGCCGCGACAGCUGCAGAACAAGAACGCUCAGUGACACAAAGAAAAAACACGUGAAGAAGAAGUCGCUCAGCAGCUGGAGGGAGAUAAAGAGAGACUAAUGACUCGUCCCAGCCUGCUGGAGGAGGAUCCUGGAGAAUGUCUUUGAUGUGUUCAAUGAUGCUCGGAUAUCUGAACAUUCAAAAGCAUCGGAAGUUCAUUGUCGACCUUGAGAAGGGACACUUUUCUUUUUCAGGGACUUUCACCUCGUCUCUCAGUUUCCAUAAUGUCGGAUUCAGACUGUGACAUUUUGUCUGUUCUGAUGGUCUCUGUGUCACAUUAGAUGAUUGUGGAGUCAUAAAUCUUGCCUUGACUUGACCGACAGACGUGACAGACCACAUGAUGGUCCACACCAGUCAUGACUGGUCAUCUUUCACGACGUGUGUAUGAUGUCAUCAGAUUAUUCGUGUCUAUUUUCAUUAUUAUUACUAUGAUUUUAGUCCCUGUGUCUGGUCAUGUGCCAGCUGAACUGUAAUAAAAAGUGUCACGUUGUGCUAACAUGAAAACUUAGCAGGACAUCCUCCAGAACAAGUUCCUGCAAAUGUUUCACAAUAAAAGCCUUUUUAGAAAAUGAAGGGAUUCUCUCAACUGAAAAUGACGAGGAGCUUUUAAUUUGAAACAGAAAGUGUUGAGUUUGAUAUGACGAUGUGAUGCAUGACAUAAGAUUAAAACUGAAAACAGAUUAAUAACUAACGUCCUGUUUCUAAUGUAGUGUGUUUGAGAUGCAGCUGGUAGCCUCUGCAGCUGUGCUGAGUAAAGGCCCAGACACUAUCUGUGAGUUUGAUUCCUUUAUAUCCUCCAUCAUGAAGAAAGAACAUUCUUUGCUAGCUUGAUGCUAAUGGCAGUACUCAGCGGGUUGAUAAAGUGCCUCUGCUGUUUCCUCUUUACUCUGUGUGCUAACGUCCCUACAGGAAAUAUCUAAAAGGCUGGGCUGUUGUUGUCCUACAGUUUCCAAAGUCAUUUGCCUUCAGUUUAUUUUUUAACAAAUGUUUAAAUAACGUUAACUCAGCAUUUUCUAAAAUGUCUCUGUGGAGCUCUGGUACCUGUUGCACUGUCUGCGUCUGUGACGACUUAACAACCAGUCUGAGCUACAUUUGUGUCUUCAGCGACUGUGUGUUGAACAUGUCACCAGAACAAAAAGGGAUUGUUUGUGUUGCCAUGGUUACCGUUGACAUGAGAAAUAAAGCCACAAGAGUUUAAAUCAGAAUUUUCAGCAGAGAAUGACACGUAGACUGACAGGUGCAUCACUCAGCGUCAGUACGAUAUCCCUGUCUUUCUCCGUCUGACUUCAGUCUCAACCUACGUUAGAAAAUAAACUGUGAAAUAUGUAUUUAGUCAUGAGGGCUGAGAAUGUGUCACUGAUUUACUGUACUGCCUUUAUAACAUAUACUCCUGCUCUAGACAGCACAUGCAGUUUUUAUUUUUCCUGAGUAUAUCAAGCUAAUUCUGCUAAUUAAACAAAUUGUAAGUCUUAGCAACUGAGUUGAAUUGCAAGGCAGAGUAAUAUUUGGGUGGAACAAACCUUUAAACCGUCCUUCCUGCAGGAGUGUUUGGGCCCUGCAGGGACAGACAGUGCAGAGUGGGUGAAUGACCAGCAGGGGGAGCUACAGGACAGAACACUCAAACUGCUUCACACACCUUACAGUGAGAGUGUGUGUCACAUUUUGUUCACUGUCCACUGUGAAGAAUGAUUUUUAUAUUUUCUGUUGCCCUCCAGAUGUCUGCAGAGGAUUAUUGUACCUUGUGUAUUGUCACACAGUCGAAUGUGACCAGGAGUGAACGACCAUCAUGUGUUCACGCAGACACACACCAGCACCGUCAUCGAGCCGUCAUGUCAGACACCUCUCAGUCAGGGAAUUACAAUUUAAAAACAAGUCACAUCAACAUUGUUUCUCCUCUUGAGAUGAAAA